AGACCAGACCGUAGGUAUAUAAUCGGAAGCAACCAACCAAACCUGACGUCACCGCUCUCUCCUUCCAUUUCCGUAGCUCGUCUCCCCGAAAUAAAUUUCAAAAAUCUCCCACUACGGCCACGCGCACCGAUCUCCCUCCCAUCUCCCCCGCCGAAUCCCCAAUCCCCCUUCGAUCCGCAGAUUCCCUCCCGCAUUCGCUCCGGUCUGUCCCCGCAUCCCCGCCGCGUCCUCGCGCUCCUCCGAAUCGGCGGCGGAUCUCGGGGCGGGGCGCGCUCCCCUCUGCCGAAUCCGUCACGGGAUUUCCUGCCGUUCGGAGCUCUUUUUCUCUGCUCCGAGCCGGAGAUCCCAGCUCGAUUUCGACCGCCGCGACGAGUUUGGACUGCCACCGCGGCGGAUUCAGACAGCGCCGCGGUUGCGGUUGGAGUGCUGUUGGCGCGUCGCGGCAUUGGAUCGGACCAGUCAGGAGGGGUUGGUGGGCGGUGGUUCGGUGGGUGGGGCGUCCGUGAUCUGCGCCGCUGCGCCGGCGCAGCGUAGCAGGGCGAUGAGAGCUGGCGCCGUGGCCUCGAAGGCGGCGGAGGCAUGAGCGGCGGGGCGUCGCUGGGGCUCAGGACGUCCGGGAGCUAUGGGUCCUUGCAGCAGCCCAACGGCCAGUCGCCCUCCCCGUCGCCGCCGGUGGCGGUCCGGAAGCCCGCUAAGAUGUCCCUUGGCGGCGGCCCCGGCGCCACCGGCCGCGGAGGCGACCGCCUCCUCUUCGCCCGGAUCUGUAUGUUCGCGGGCCGUCGCCGGCGGAUGCUCCUGCUCCUCCUCGUUGCCGUCGCUGUCGUCGUCUGCUUCCUCUUCUCAUCACUUGUCAGUAAAGAUGAAAUUGCAGCACCUGGUACCGAAACCAUGCUGGGAUUUUCUGAUCAUGUCCGGAGCUUUGUAAAUCCUGUAUGGACAUCUUCUUUGAGUGGAAAUGAUUUGAAUACAACAUCACCAACUGUAAACCAGUCGGACAUCAGUCAUGAAAAGGUUCGGGGUCUUUCACGGAUUCUCCCGCCAGCUAUUCAUCUGGAGCACCAUCCUUGUGAAAAUUUCUCAUUUUCUCCUCCACCUAUUGAUAGGAAACGUACUGGACCACGGCCAUGUCCUGUUUGUUAUGUGCCUGUUGACCAGGCCCUGGCAUUGAUGCCAGUUGCUCCAACAGCAUCACCUAUCCUUCAAAGUUUAAAUUAUUUGUCCGAAGACAAUUUGGUACUCAAAGAGUCCAACAGCGGUUCUUUGUUUGGUGGUUAUCCGUCCCUGGAACAACGAGAUAUGUCUUUUGACAUAAAAGACUCGAUGACAGUACAUUGUGGAUUUGUGAGGGGGAAGAUACCUGGUCUCAAUACUGGAUUCGAUGUAGAUGAAGCUGAUCUGUCUGAGAUGCGGCAGUGUCAGGGGACAGUUGUUGCUUCUGCUAUUUUUGGGAAUUAUGAUAUACUGCAACAACCAGAAAACAUCAGUGAAUUUUCAAAAGAUACUGUUUGCUUCUUCAUGUUUCUGGAUGAAGAAACAGAAGCUGCAAUAAAGAACACCACUGCUAUUGAUAAUACGAAAAGAAUCGGGCUGUGGCGCGUGGUUGUUGUCCACAACCUUCCUUAUUCAGAUGCAAGGCGGAAUGGAAAGAUUCCAAAACUAUUACUUCAUCGGCUCUUUCCUAAUGUGCGGUAUUCACUCUGGAUUGAUGGGAAACUUAAACUUGUGAAGGAUCCUUAUCAGCUAUUAGAGAGAUUCUUGUGGAGGAAAAAUGUGAGCCUCGCUAUUUCCAGGCAUUAUAGACGCUUUGACGUCUUCGAGGAAGCUGAGGCGAACAAGGCUGGUGGGAAGUAUGAUAAUGCUUCAAUCGACAACCAAAUAGAGUUCUACAAGAGAGAGGGUUUAACCCAUUAUUCAUCAGCUAAGCUUCCUAUUACAAGUGAUGUCCCUGAGGGCUGUGUAAUAAUAAGAGAGCACAUACCCAUCACCAAUCUCUUCACAUGCCUUUGGUUUAAUGAAGUUGACCGCUUCACCUCAAGAGAUCAGAUAAGCUUCAGCACGGUGAGGGAUAAAAUAAGGUCAAGAGUUAAUUGGACUGCAGACAUGUUCCUGGAUUGUGAAAGGCGCGAUUUUGUUGUUCAGGCAUACCACAGAGAACUCAUGGAGCAAAGGCUGGCCGCCUUAAGGAGCCAGCCUCCACCGCCGCCUCCCGUGGUGCGCAUGCAACAACCUCGAAAGAUGCUCCCAGACAGCGCACCAAAGGAACCUGGAAGAGCAUCAAAGGAGCCCGUGAGAGCUUCCAAGAAGCCAGCGGGGAAGCGCUCGAGGAAAUCAGGCUCGAAACGGGCCCAUCGAACGAAAACCGCUGGCGGGAAGGAACCCAUUCGACUGUAAAUCUCUCCUGGCGAAAUUUUGCUCCCAUAUAAUUGAAGAUCAACCCGGUUCGGUUUAUUUAGCUUGUAUUCAUGUUCCACUCCCAAAGGCUCGAAAAUUUUGUCAGGACUUGUUGAUAGAGAGGAUUACCACAAAUUUUUUUGGGGUGUAAAUAAACAUUUUGGAAUAAAA